AAUACGUUGAACAAGCUUCUGCUGCCCGAAGGUUGUUGUCUUCCUUCAGCUUUAUUUAUCUCUCACCUCAGUACUACUAAUGACAACGCUGAACGUAUAUGAAAACGCUUGGAGAUAACACGGAAUUGACGUUUUAAUCGACAAAAAUAAGGACAUGCCAUCAGACUUUGUAACGUAACUACAAAGUAAACCCCAUUUGGACAACAAACAGAGUCGCUAGUCAGACAGCUAACAGGGGUUAGCGCCACAGAUCACCACACUCUCACUUUCUCUUCAUCUGUAGCCGGCCUGUACAUCCUGUCACCGAGAUCAGUCCGUGGUUUCUCCAGAAGAGGAUGAACUGGCUCUUCCCCCUGUCCAAAGGCUCCGGACCUCUCCCUCUGAACAGCCUACAGCAACAGAGACAGCGGCAGAUCGAGUCUCUCAAAGCCGCUCACCCCAGCCUCGCAGAGAUCCAGAAGGAUGUGGAGUACAGAAUACCAUUCACUGUCAACAACUCGACCAUUAGUGUCAAUGUACUGCUGCCUCCUCAGUUCCCCCAGGAGAAGCCGGUGGUUAGUGUCUACCCCCCUGUUGGUCAUCAUUUAGUCGAUGGUAACAAUGGCACCAUGAUAACCAGCCCCCUCAUAGCUAAUGUAAGUAG